CAGAUCGAAACACUACAGGUGACUAAUACUAUCGCUCUAAUUAUAGAUGAAGAAUCAGAAGAUAUUGGAGUUGAAGCUCUAAUUCUCAAGUCCGAUGAUGAGGUUACAACCCUUCAAUCUAAAAUCGUUACUUCUGGUAACAUUUCUAAAACUCAGAUUUAUGACUCAGAUGGUGAGAAUAUGGGUCUGCCCGUUCUCACUGCUUGGUCCACUCAG